AGGACGGUCGCAGGGUAAACACGAACAUCAUUUACAGCAUUGUUUAUGUCAGGCCUCACCAGCAGUAUGGUGGUUUCUCUCCAAGCUUGGUUAAAAGAAUCAGAUUUAUCCUUUAUCAAUUAACUGUUUUGCUGGUACUUUUAACCAACAAUGGCGGACGAGGUCGAGCAAGAAAACUUCACAGAGUCAUCUGAACUUCUUUCAACUUCAAAUGAGUCUAAGGUUCAGUCAUUUGAAUUCGAUCUGAGUGCACCAAGGGAAGGACUGUCUAUGGUGACUGCGACCUUCUUUGUGAUUGGUAACAUUCUAGGCGCUGGCCUUGUAGCGAUACCUUAUGGAGCGAAACUAGCUGGCUGGUUGAGCAUCCCAUUUUUUGUCUUCAUCCCCAUAAUCACUUGCUGUUGUGGUGUUUUAUUGGCCAAAUCCGUGAGCAUGACAGUAGCAAAUGACCGAAGAGACGUGUCCAGAGAGCCUUAUCCACAGUUAGCCAAAGAAGCCGUGGGGAACAAAACGCGAAAGUUUGUCGUUGUAACUUUGUACUGUGGACAAAUAAUGUCCUGUCUUGUUUUCCUGCUACUUGCUGGAGAAAUCCUGUCCAAAUUAAUACCGUUCCAUUUUGGUGGUAUUUCAAGUCACAACGAAUUGCGUGUUUGGAUAUCGAUCACCGUUGGCUUCAUCAUACCGUUUAACUUGCUUGGCUCUCCUAAGGAUUUCUGGGGUAUAGCGUUAGUUGCGACUGUCACUAGUGUUGUCACUGCCAUUUUUAUCUGUGCAUGCCUUGGCAUGGUGCAUUACAAUAAUGUCUUACAAGCGCAUAUCCCUCCACUGGACAUUGAAAAUGUUUUUGCCUCCUUCGGCAUUAUUGUGUUUGCUUUCAGUGGCGUCGGCAUCUUUCCAACGGUGCAGGGUGAUAUGAAGGAGCCGGAUAAGUUCCCGAAAGUGGUCGUAAUCGGUUUCACGACGCUGUCCGUUGUCUACAUCUCAGUGGCCUUGACGGCAUUCUUUGUUCUUGGCAACUUCAUCGGAGAAGACCUACUGACGACCCUUUCAAGCCUCUCAAUUUACCACAAAAUCGUAUCAUACAAAGCGUUUGUCACAAUUUCACAAGUGUUGAUUCUUGGUCAUGUGCUCUCUGCCUUCGUUUUACAGAUGAACCCUGUCUACCAGCUGGUAGAGGUGUUCUUCAAAACUCCGAAUGAAUUCUGCUGGCAAAGAUGUGUCAUCCGAAUUUCUCUAAUCAUCGUAAUGUGGGUUUUGGCCAUAGUGAUACCAAAUUUUGGACCUGCGCUGUCCCUAGUUGGUGGUACUUUUAACGGAUUGCUGUCAAUCGUUUUCCCUCUCUGGUUCUAUGUCAGUUUACAGCGCGAGUAUCACCCAUUAAUGAAAGUCGGAUAUGCUCUUAUUUUUCUCGUAGCAUUAGUGAGUAUAUUGGGGAAUGCAUUUGUGGAAUUGAAAAACCUAGUAAAAGUUAUGGAGGGUAAAUACAAAAAUGUCUGAAUAUUAUUGUUUUAAUUUAUUUGUUGCAUUAAAAUUGAUUUCUUAUUUGUUUGCGCUACAGUCGAUAUAAUUCUGUUGACUUUUCCACGUAGUCGAUAAGCGUUUUGUCCUUUCAAAAAGCUGUUGAAAAUCUCAAUACGUAGACAUGCAUGUUUUAUAUUGAAAGUCUAGAAUGGUGCUAUACCUUGCAAUAUCUGAAAUAUGUCAGUCGUAGUCGAUUUGUAGGCAAACCAAUAAGGAAUGAAUCAUAAACUCUAAGUAGCAGGGAUACUGGAGCCAUAUUUUUGAUUGGGCGGGGAGGGGGCUCUUGGCAAAUUGUAGUUUCCCCCAUAAUAUUGAUGCCACUACCUGAAUAUCAUAGUUCACCAAAAAAUAAAGGAGCUCUAGCCCCCCAGCCCCCCAUGCUCCGGCGUGCCUGAGUAGAUAGUAAACAUGUCUAGAUUGUUCUUAUCAGCCAGGAUGAAAUUAUCUUCACUGGCUGAUGGAAUCAUGAAAAUCUGUAUUAUUUAAGAUUUAUUUUAUAACCAUUAUAGUGCUUUAGUUAAUGCUUCGUGUAUAAUUUCCAAUACAUUGGAUCUAAUCUAUGUAACAAUUUCUUGUAGAAUUAUUUUAGAUCUUAAUAAAAUCACUGACAACAAUGCUUUUUAGCUGCACAGAAUUACCCUUACGUUUUGCUAAUGAGCGGUCAAUAUUCCAUUUCUGGAGUUGUAAGAACUAUUUUGUUAAGGCUUUCGUAGGUUUAGCUGUAUCUGAUUUUAUGGUGGCAAGUAGCAGCUUAAUCAAUAGAUCGAUGAAGAUAUAUGAUUAAUUUUUGCUCAUAUGACAAACAUGAAGUGAUGGGAACCGUUUUCGUCGUAUCGUCGAAUGUCGUAGCAUCGCUAUGUCGUAGUAUCGCAUUGUUGUAGUAUCGCCUUGUCGUAGUAUCGCCUGCAAUUAUUCGAACUUCCAAGGGAAGCUAUCUUUUGUUCGAAUCUGCGCAGGUUCGAAUUGUCAAAACGUAGAUUACUGCGUGUAGAUAAGAACCUAAACAGAAAAUCAUGAAGGGAAAUUAUGCUUGCCAAUUCUUGCAUACAUGCAGGCAGCCUUAUUACCGGGCAUUUGUGGUAUUUGUAAUACUAACUGGCGCCAUAGAUUCCAAUUCUUAUAAGCAUCAUUGUUUUUUAAUCUGUUGGCAGCAUAUUCAUGCCUAUCAAGGACAGUGAUCACACCAAACUUUUCUUCAACUGACAUAUACUGCUUUAGAAUCAUUUGCAAUGUGAUUCGUUCUAUUUAUGUUAAAUACAAUCAUACAUACUCUGUCUUAUAUACAUUGUACUUCUUUUAGAAUAUUAGAAUAUCUUUCCAUUAUCAUUUUUGCGAGGCCUAGUAAUGUUUCCAGAAACUGAUAACUAUUAUUGGACAAG